AUGGCGGAUAGCACAAUGCAGUCAAUAAUGAUACAACACAAUGGAAGAUGGGACGCAUCAGGUCGAUAUGUAGAAUUCAAAAUUGAAGGAAUCAAGUACGAUUCAAAUUCGAACUAUAAUGGAUUGAUUUCUACAAUUGCUGCUCAACUGGGGAUAGAUACCACAGUCCAAACCAUAAUGAUUAAAUACAUUGCUAGUGACCGAUGCCCACCAAUGAUCAUACACAACGACAUGGGUGUUUGGAUUGAUAUGGCUUCAAGUGAACAUAUUGAGUUGUUGGAUAGUUGUGAAACUGAAAUAAUAAGCGACCCUCGACAUGAAUUUGUUGUGGAAAAACAUAUUUACAAGGAUAAAGAAACACUCAAUGCAGCUAUGAGGCAAUAUGUCUUUAUGAAGCAGUUUCAAUUUCGGGUGAAAAGGUCUGGUACAAAAAGCUAUCAACUCGUAUGCCCUGGUGAAAAUUGUCCAUGGUGUUUAAAGGCCUCAAGUCUAAAUGAUUCAAGGCUUUUCAAGAUUAGGAAUUUCUGUGAUGUGCACACAUGCUUGUUAAAGGAUAGAAUUUAUGAACAACGUCAAGCAACUUCCAAUGUCGUCAGCAUUAUUAUAAUGGAUAAGUAUGAAGAUCCAAAAACAAUAUACAAACCCAAGGAUAUAUCUAGGGACAUGAGGAAACAACAUAGUGUAACAUUGACCUACAUGCAAGCUUAUAGAGCGAAGCAAAAGAAGACAUAUCCGGGAUCGGUUGUAAGAUUGGAAAAAACAGAGGAAGACCGUUUCUUGUAUACCUUUGUAGCACUGGAAGCUUGUAUUAGAGGAUGGGAGUAUUGCAGACCUAUAGUGGUGGUUGAUGGAACCCAUCUUAAAUCAACUUACAAGGGGACUAUGCUAAUUGCUUGUACAUUGAAUCCAGGAGGUAGUAUACUGCCGCUUGCAUAUGGUAUAGUUGAUUCCGAAAAUGAUUCAUCUUGGACAUGGUUCUUUGAGCGGUUCAGGGAUGCUUUUGGUGAGAGGGAGAACAUGUGUUUUAUGUCGGACAGGCAUGAAAGUAUAUGGAAUGCGAGUGCAGCAGUGUACCCUGGGCUGCCUCAUUAUGCCUGUAUUUGGCAUUUGUGGAACAAUUUAAUUAAGCAAUGCCACAGAAACAAAGAGCAGAUGAGGAAAUUAUACUAUGCAAUGGCUAAGGCAUACACCCUCCAAGAGUUUAACGAAUGCAUGGGAAGGGUGACCAAAAUAGAUAGGAAGCUGAGGAGAUACUAUUUUGAGAUUGGUUAUCAUAAAUGGACACGAAUACAUGCAACAGUAAAAAGAACAUGGACACAGACUUCAAACAUAGCUGAAUCUAUAAACAAUGCUACAGUGAAUGCUAGGGAAUUGCCGGUGGCAAAAUUAUUGGAUUUCAUGAGGGAAUUGGUUGAAAGAUGGAAUGCGACGCACAAUGAAGAAGCAAAGAAUACAUUCACAGAUCUUACUAAAAAGUAUCAAGAAAUUAUCAACAAGAAUGGGGUACGAGCUUCCACUGAAUUUCUACAUACAGUGAUUGAUGGUGUUAGGAGGUUCACAGUGUGUCUUCGAGCUAGGACGUGUACUUGUGGAAGAUUUCAACUGGAUGAGAUACCUUGCGGGCAUGCUAUGGCUGUUAUAGUGUAUAGGCACCAACAUGGAGCGGAAUAUACCUCUGCCUACUACAGCAAUAAGAAUUUCCUAGAUACAUAUGCAAUACCAGUUGUGCCUCUUCCAUGUGAAAGUACAUGGGAUAUACCGAGGCAUGUAAAGGAAGAGAUUGUGUUGCCACCAGAUGGUAAAAAACCACCAGGAAGACCAGCUACCAAACGAAUGAAACCAUUCCACGAGGGGAAAUUUAAGAAAUCAACAGUGACAUGCAGCAGAUGUGAGCUCACAUUACCUGUGGUUUGUUGGUGGACUCACUGGCUUUCACUUGUAUCUAAUAAGCACCAAUCAGAACCUGAAGCAAGAGCAGCUACACGAUUCAAAACGCCUCUCAAACCAAAUUGUAUGGAAGACGUAUCAAAUAUGAUUAAUAAACUCAAAGAUUCAUAG